AUGACGUUGAAAAAUGAGAAUCCACCAUCCUAUGAGGACGCACUGCACCACCCAAAGCACCCCCACCAGCCACAACAUGAUUUCCCUCUCCCACCACCUCCAUCCUACAGCCUCAGUCCUGGUUUAUGUCCGAGCCCACCUUACUAUUGGGGCCAGGGGGGGCCCGGGGAGGCCCCUGGAUUAUCUCCUACCAGGGCGCCCAAUACAAUACCAACUCUGUCUGCUGGAAUACCUGCAUUAUAUCCAGGUUCUGGAGAAAUGAGAGAGGACAGUCAGCAUUAUCACCAGGAUUAGCUCCUGAGUUUAAAGGUACUAAUAAUCUGAUGUUACUAAUUCUGCAGGAGACAUGGAGGAUGACCUGAGCAGUCAGUGGGAGAGCACUUUAGUCCGACACGCCUUUAUCAGAAAGGUGAGGGUUUGAAUGUUGUCAUACUGGUAUAACUAACUGCUUCACGCUCAUCUACAGCAACAAAAGCACCUAAUUAUGCUCCCAAUAUAACUUUGUAUUUGUCGGCAGGUUUACUUAAUUUUGACGACACAACUAGCCGUCACCUUUUCAGUGGUGGCUGUAUUUACGUUUGUGUAAGUCUUUUUGUUUGUCUCAGUCAAACACUGCAGCUCUUUUUCCCCCUGAAGAACAGUUUGCCCUUGAGUGAUCCUUUACGUCUGUUCUUCAACAGUGAUCCAGUAAGGCUGUUUGUCAUCAGAUACCCCGGUAUCUACUGGGCAUCCUUGUGAGUCAUACCUUAGAAACUUCAGGACAAAACAUAAAUAUAUAAACAUAAAUAAGAGAGGAACAUUCAGCCAUAUUUAUCUCACUGCUUUCACUGUUCUGGUAAAUAUUUGUCUCCCCUAGAGUGGUUUAUUUUGUGGUUUACUGCAUUCUCAUCUGCUGCAAAGAGUCAAGGUAAGACUCACUUUAGUUUAGUUUGAAAGCAAAUAUACAUAUAUAUAUAAAUGUAUAAUGAAUUUAAAAAUUACUGAAUUUACAAAAUAUUGUUCAUGACUUGUGUUUAGGAGGCAUUUCCCGUGGAACCUUGUGCUUCUUGGAGUAUUUGUAAGUAAACUAGGAGCAUAAUGUGAGACAUUCACUGAAAAAAUAAAAAAUAUAAAAGCAUCAUUUGAUCCUUUUAUUUUCUUUAUGAUGGAUUAUUUGUGCUGUCUUUCAGACUCUGGCCCUUUCUUAUGUGUCUGGGACAAUUGCAAGGUUUGUCACCUGUCCUCAGGUGUAACAUGACGUAACACCAGAAUUAAAGGUUGGAGGAUGAUGUGUAAUAUGUAGUGAAAUAGAGUGAAUCUAACCUCUGUGUUUCUUUUACAGCUAUUAUGAAACUAAAGCGGUGCUUCUUGCCAUGGGAAUAACAGCAUUAGUUUGUAUUGCUGUCACAAUCUUCUGCUUUCAAACAAAGGUAGAUACAGAUGGAAACUGUGUGUCUCAGGGGUUUGUCAGGGGACGUAUUUAACGUCGGAGUAAAAUCACAUCAUGAGUCCUUUACCUUCAGUGUUCUGGUUUCAAUAUUGACCCACUUUUUCAGACACAGCCUCUUUAAACCACCUUGAUUCUUUCAUGUAUCACCUCCAUCCUGCUGAUGACUUCUUUCUCAUCACAGGUAGACUUUACCUGCUGCGGGGGGUUUCUCAGCAUCAGUGCCAUUUUGCUCACGAUCAUCGGGAUUGUUACAGCCAUCGUCCUCUCCUUCCAAUAUGUAAGACUCUUUCAUUUAAAGGAUCAAACCCAGUUUCUCAGUGUGUGCGGCUGAUUUAAAAUUCAGGAUUUUCUUCUGUAACUCACCAGGUCCCUUGGCUGCAUAUGCUCUACGCAGCGAUCGGAGCCAUCGUUUACACUUUGGUGAGUCUGCAGUGAUGUGGAUGUGUGAGGACAGAGAUUUGGACUUUUCUUUUUUCACACAUUUAUUUUAAGAAUAAGAAUAAGCAUGCUGCUUGUCUCAUCUGGAAAAAACUUGGUUAUGGGUCCUACUACAGCCUCAGAAAAGUAUGUGAAGAAGAAAAAGAAAAACAUCCUCUAUGCUUUAAAGAGCUGGGGGACUAAAUCAGUGUGAGGACCUCAAUUAAAUAAAAAUAAUUAUCAGGACUGAGGCGCCGGGGUGAAAGGAGCCUGUUGUAGUCUUAAGAGUUAUUAUCAUUGUCAUUCAUAUCAGUGUUUGAUAUCAGUUCGUAGAUGCUUUCACUCCAAUCAGCGGUCACCUGAGAUUAAGUGCAGCCAGAGCAAAGAUCUAAACCAACCCAUGAAGGGAUUUAUUCAACAAAUCUGAGCAAUAAAAUAGCCGACAUUCAGAAAGAGGUUUUUUUUUGUUUUUGCUUGAAAAUACAGAAAUUUUAAGAUUUCAAGUUUGGCCAAAAAAAGCCUUCAGGUCACGUGUUGGAAGUUGUAAUUUAAUACAGGGUGGGGUGGGAUUUUUAAGCUUGAGUGCAUGUAUCUUUUCUUCUGUAACCCUGAAGUAAACAGGAUUAACUUUGAAUUUACGCAGAGGUAUUUUAAAAAUUAAAAUCACUUUUCUGAUGUGACGUCACUGAAAAGGGACAAAACACCUAAAAAAAUAAACCCAAAAUGUCAGAGAUUUAGGAUUUGGACCCGACCAGUGUUGAGGAGAUAUAUGUUCAUAACUCAGCUCUAAAUUAUCUUGAUUUAUUUGUAUACCAGAACAUGUAAUAAUAUAGUAAAAAUGUGUUUCAGUCUUUUUUGAGGAAUAUUUGAAAUUAUUCAGGAGUGUCCGCCCAUCUGUAAGUCGGUUAAAGUUAAAGUAUUUUCGAGCUAAAAAAAAAACUUGUGUCCCACAUUUCAGAGCUGUCCCAGAUUAGACACAAACUUUUCUGGGACAUUUUGUGAACACUGAACUGGACCUUUCACACAGAGAACAAUAUCUUGUCUUUUCUGAUUUAACAGGAUAAAAUCUUUGGUGUUUUAAAAUAACAUCAUGAUUUGAUUUGGAAAUGGGGUCUUAAUGUUAAAAAUUAGAGACACUGUCUCUCUUUAAUCCACCCUGCCGGUAUAACUUCAUUUAGUGCCAGAGAAGCGUCACAUUACUGAGAGAGUCUGUGCAGAGGGCCAGGGUCAGGUGAGAUGGUCUAAGACACCUCUGAGACACCUGAUAGUCUACCUCCGACUGGAGCUUCAGAUGCUGCUCAGACAGAAACGUCUUCAGUAGGAAACAACAAACUGUGGUUUUAGUUCAUUUACACAGAAAUGACGUUUUAACGGCGGCUGAAAACUCAGACUUCUGACACCAGUUUCCAGGGUGGAUUCUUUAGUGAAACACCACCCUCUCUGUCGCUGCCGUGGGCCAAACCCGGGUCCGGUGACACUGGUUGUAUCAGAUUACAUUCCCAGUCAAAUCUCCAUGCGUGGGUCUGAGGACUCCCAGUUCCAGACAAAGUUGCUGGUUUUCUUGUUUGCAGGUUCGGUAGACUUGACUCCGUUAAACAUGGACUUGAAUUUCUGCUCGUUGUGAGAUAUUAAGCUAAAACACCGGCUCUUAAAAUCACUGAUAUAUUGGGCUGAAGCACCUGUGCUCAGAUAUGACAUGCAUGUCCCGUCCCAAUGCUUUUAACUCACCACUUUAAGAUUGAUGGCCCCACAGGUGGUACAGUCCACACAGGUGGUACAGUCCACACAGGUGGUACAGUCUACAUCAGGACAGCUUCGUGACUUGUGUUGGUGUAGUUUCCACAUUUCUCCUCUUCUGCUAAUCUGGUGAAAAAUGCUCCAGGUCAGGAGCCGCGUUAGUCAUCAGAGCUGCCAACCAGCCCUUCAUCUAAAAAGUCUAAUGAACCAGCCGGAGCGGCCCCUUUGUGGAGAAACUGGGCAGAGAUGCUUGGCGUCCAACCUCUGUCACUGCAGCCAAGUUCACAAUGAAAUGAAGCUAAUUCUAUGGAAGUCAGUAAAUGCUGGUGAUGUGAGGACUGUAGCUUUACUGUGAAGGACACCAGAACACAGCCCAACAAAACUGCACUGAUGUUGACUGUUCCUGUGUGACCGGAGAGUAAAAACGAUGUUCUGAAUAUCUGCAGUGAUGUGGUUCAGUUGUAGGAACAUGGCGACAGGCUUUGACAGGGUUCCUUGCGUUGGUUUGUUAAUUUAGUAUUUAGAUGUUUUCACAGAAUGUAACGACCCGAGUAAGAACGCAAAAGAGAGGAAAAGACUUAAGAGGCAUUUUAGCUGUGGUAAAAAUACAUUACAAUAUUGUGUUCUUCUGUUUUAAAGACCACAGAAGCAAAGAAACUAAUGUUUUUGUCUCUUUCUGCCCCGUCUCUCAUUCUGUGUUAGUUUUUAGUGUACAACACCCAGCUGCUCAUUGGAAACCGAGAGCUGGCUAUCAGCCCAGAAGAAUACAUCUACGGAGCGCUCUCCCUCUACGUCGACAUCGUUCACAUCUUCAUCUUCAUCCUACAAGUCAGUGGAGCAGCGACUGAUUGA